ACAUAAAAAUCUUGCUUUGGAAUCACUCUAUCUAUUACAGAAAACCGAAUCAUAAUCUGUAGCGUAGUUUUAAGGAUUUAACUUCAAUAAUAUAGGGACAGACAGAACACGGGAGUCAUAAAUAAAGUCGAACCCUAUUUAGAAAAAUCAUUUUAAAAACUUACCUAUACCUAAUAUUUAUCUAUAACUCUACAAUUGAUAAGUAGCCGAGGCGUAACAAAACCACAGCCUUUUGAUAACUGACUAUUUCCCACCCUUCUUUAUCAAUUCCUGUGGUGUGGUUUUGCACUCCACCCUUCACGAACUUGGUAUAAAACAACCAGCAGCGUUUCAACAAAUCAUUCCACUUCACAGUUUCUGUGAAGUGCGUUUAUUAUAUUCUUCUAUACAGCGUUUUAUUUUGUAAAAUGGCUGACGUCGUGGAAAGUUUGAAGUUGCUGUUCGAUAGGCCGAACGAGCCUUUGAUUACACCGAAGGGCGACAAAAAGGCUGUCUUUCAGCUAACCGAGUCGUUCGUGCCCCCGGAGUAUGCGAACAACGGUGUCGAGUUGAACAACCGUUUCGGAGACGAUGCCUCUGAGAAGAUUCCUCUAAAGCACCUGAGCGUAUAUCCUUCAUUCCCAAAAGCAUCGCAACUGCCCGCCGAUGCUGACUUCUCGCUGUUCUUGCCGAAACACCAGGACAUGGCCACCGAAGUCAUUGACGCCUUUAUGAAUGUUCCUCAAAAUGAGCUGCAGGACUUCCUUUCAACAUGUGUAUAUGCUAGAGCCAACCUGAACCCACAGCUGUUCAACUACUGCUACUCAGUAGCUCUGAUGCAUCGUGAUGACACCAAGAAUGUUCCUAUACAAAACUUUGCCGAGACUUUCCCUUCAAAGUUCAUGGAUUCACGAGUGUUCCAGCGUGCUCGUGAGGUCUCUGCUGUGGUACCUCAGAAUGUCCCGGUG